AUGUAUGAACAUUCAGAUUAUUGUGCCGACUCCACUGAGGUCUGGCGAGACGAGCUGCCGGAUGGCUCGCUAGGAUGCGCCAGAUGUCUCGAGAUCCAUCCCGUUCAUGCAUCCUGCACCCUUUCACCCCUACAAGAUGCAGUGUCACUUUCCCCUCGUUUAAAGUCAGGAAUUACUGGGUCAUUGUCUCUCCACGAUUACCGCAAGUAUCUCUCUCAGGAGUACGUCGCCGAUCCCGUUGAUCGGUCAGACAAAACCCUCAAGCGCAAAACAGCAACGGUAAACCUGAAUCGUCCACCGGCGAUUUCUGCGCUUCCUUCCUGUGCAGUUUCGGUCUCCUCUGUGGCGUCCAGUCCACCGCCUCUGUCACCUUCCUACUCGCAUAGCAUCCUCUCUCAGCGGAGCGAGCAAGAGCCCGAGUCCUUAGAUAUAUCUGCUCCUUCCCAGAGCCCACGAGAUUACCUUGUCUCAGAACAUCUGGUCCGUCCUAGACCGAACAGGAAGCGAUUGAAUCCUUUCCUUGAAAAGCACCAGAAAUCCGUUCAGGCUCGGGAUCAGGCUCAACCUUUGCCUCAACCUCGUCCCCAGAAAUCCGACCCGAUGCUGGCCAACACGCAGGCCGUUUCCACCAUCUCGCACGGCGGUGCCUCAUUUGAGAUCCUCAAUCCGCGCAAGUCGCUGGAUAUUUCCAGGAUCGUCUCCUUUAUUGAGGAUGUCGAUUGCUGCUCGGUGUUGUCCCUAGACCCCAUCCGGGACUCCAAGGUCUCCACCACUACCAUCGACCUGGGACUGGACCGGUGCUCUCUCUCUCAAUUCACUGAUGCUUCCCUGCCUUCUCACUACUCGUCUCACUCUCUAUGGACCCCUCCGUCAAAAGGAUUCUCCACGCCCAAGCGGCAAACUAGCGACAUUCCCUCCUCGUCACCUGGAGUGCACGGCCGAGCUCGCUCUCUUUCCGACUACUCUAUUCAUGAACAAACCCAUUGGUCACAGAGCCAGCACAUUGAAAACGAAUUACACGAAGAAAUGUACCCUGACCUAAUCAGGGAUUCCCCCAACCACCACAUUACCUCGAUCACCGAGCGUUCUGAGGAAACAGAAAACGAAGACGAAAGCCCAUGCGAUUCUCCGCGCCCACCAUCUUCCCCCAAGACAUUGUGUUCCGACGACGAUAGCGAAAUCGGCGAGCCUGGGUCCCCCGUCUACGCUAAUGGUGAAUGGGCCCAGGUCGACGAGCGCGACCGUGGCAUCUUCUUCGAGGAGCCUCCUUCUCCAUACGACAUCUACUACGAAAACACAAUGCCCGCCCACAUCUACUCCAAGCCCCACGACCCUUAUGACCUCAUCUCCCUCGACCCACAUGUUCAAUCCGUGCUAGCCGCGGCCAAUGCCGAGACCAUGGGCCUACGCGGGCACCCUACUCGUGCCCUCGACGACUUGCAGCGCAAGUCUCAGGGUAAGCUCGAUGAUCGCAAGCGGUCAUCUUCCCAGAAGAAGAGACUGCGGAAAUUCUUCAGCUGGCGGUCUGGGAACUAA